GGGAUCACAUCCGCUGACGGAGGCGGCGGUUCUUUUUUGGGGAACCUUUGAACUUUCUUGAAAUUUUUUUUUUUGAAUUUUACCUUAGCGGGUUGUAUCCACGGAUUCAACCAUUCUUAUUUCUUUUUCCUUGCUGAACCUUUUUUAUCGCUCAGGAGAACUUGAUAAGUUGGCACAAGUUAACGAGAAGAUUUAGUUAGCAGUAGUUAGAGAAAGCCAGCGGGGAAUCCAUAGCGGGUUCAUCAUAUCCACAGAGACAGAGAUAGUUUAGUUAGCUAGCUGCCAAAGACAUAAUCUUACCAAAGAGAGGAAGUCUGGGAAAAGCAAAAGCGCCCACUCAAUAAUAGGCCCGGAUGAUGCUGGUGCUGUGGGUUUUUGAUAACUCGUGAUCUGGCUGGCGGACCGCGCUGCUGAUUCCGGCGAUGGACCGAGCUUAUCGCUGGCGAUAUGCAGCCGUCGAGUGGCAAUUAGCGCCCUCGCUCAAGGACCAACACUCCAGGCUUAGGUUCGUGCAAGUGCUUUUGCCCCGGUUCUGCCCCCAGCCUCACGCGCGACCGCAGGCGUGGGCAUACGAUUGCAAAAGGCGUGUACAGAAGCUGGUGGCUGUCCAGUGCGUCAAGACCGGCAAGUUGACGGAGCUGCGUGAUGUACCCUGGCGCAGAGAACUGGCUGGGAGGGUACAGACUUGUACAGCGGCAUGCAGCUUGCAGGCGGGCGGGCAGGGCGUGGCCCCAAGAAAGGGUAGCGCGGGAGUGAGUGGUGCGAGCGAGGGAGUUGGCUGGGGACUGGGCGCUGCAGCCACGGCCCAAGCUCCGGCGGACACUGCCCAACCAGCGUCGGGGCUGGCUCACCGCUGCUUUGGCUCCCCAGCGUCCCCAGACUCGCCCGCCCGGCAGGAACAGCACAAGUAAAGCACACGGCCCCCCAGCCCUGCCGCACCCGCUCGCUCAACGGACUUCGCCUUCC